AUGAGCAAUUCUAACAGUGAAGCACCGAAAAAGGAUGAUCAGAGUCAUUCGAAUAGCAGCGCAAGGCCGCUGUCUAUCGAAGGCCCGUCCACCUCAAAUAAUGCCGAAACAAGUUCGCCACAACCAUUACCAAAUCAGCCGAGACAGCCGACUAACUUGCAAGGAUUACUCAAAUAUGCUAUGGACGCGGCACAGUCUGAGGACACGGAGAAUAAACCACCAGUUUAUCCUUUGGAUCAAGAAAAAAAAACGUUCUUGGACAAUGCAUUAUCGUCAUUAACAGUAAAUGUUAUAGACGAAUUACAAAAAUCUGUAAAAAUCUUGUCUAAUGUUAUUAAUCUACGAUCUGAUGAUGACGCGUCAGAAUACGAAAACACAUUGGAGAAAAUGGCAGAUUUUGUGGAUAACAUUGACGUAGCCAAUGAUUUUUAUAAGAUCGGAGGUUUCUUGAUAUUCCAACCAUGCCUGAAUUCCUCGCACAGUAACAUCAGAUGGCGGAUAGCUGAUAUAAUCGCCGAAUUAGCACAAAAUAAUCCGUUUUGUCAAGAAAAGUUGCUAGAAAUUGGUGUAUUUCCAAUAUUGUUGGCUAUGAUUGAUACAGAUCCAUCGGAACAGGCAAGAAUAAAAGCUUUGUACGCAGUGUCAUGUAUCGUCAGAGGACAUCCAGCAUCGUUACAGCAUAUGAACACAAACGACGGUUAUUCGGUGCUUUUACGCGCGAUGCAGAGUCCAGUGGAGAAACUACAGAUAAAAUCUGCGUUCCUACUUUCCAGCUUGUGCAAUAAGGAUGAUUCGAGCGAUGUAAAAUAUACUUUAGUGAAAAUGGGAUUCAUAGAGCAAGCAGCGGGACUCUUGGGUAGAAUGAAUUUGCAGCCUGCAGUCAGGGAACAGUUGUUAAGAGUAUUGAGUGGUAUGGUGAACGAUAACUUCUUGCCGGCAUUGAAGGAAUGCCGCCGGCCGCAGUUGUGUUUAAGAUCCACCUUGGAACAAUUAUUGACAGAAUUGAAGCCAGAAGAGAAUCAAGACGAGAUAGAUAUGUGUUCCGAACUACUGGACAAAGUAUUUUUCGAACCCGACACGCAUCAAGAGAGAUAACCAACCUGUAUUAUAGUCUGUCCUUCAAAUAAUCAUAAUAAUCUGUUUUGUAUAUCAUAAGUCACUAGCUUGUUUUGUAAAUCUAACAUCUUGACAGUUUUAACUGUAGUUUUGGAUAUUUGUAAUUAAAAGAAAUACACGAUACAUUGUAAUGUAAUA